UUCCAGGAAAUUUUCUUGGGGGGGGUGUAAGCUCUUAUGUACCGAGUAAUUUUAGAAAAAACAAUACCAAAAAUUUUGAGCUCAACUAAUCGUGAUCAGAACUAACAACUAAAUGACUUACACUAACUUUAAUUUAAGAAAUUUAACUUUAACGAAAGAACUUUAAUUUUAACUUCAAUCUGAAAAAAGCGUUUCAACCAAAUACAGCACGUUCUAAUAAAAAUACAGAGUCAAUGGUGGGUCAAAAAAUAACCCUCAGAUUUUUGCGAGUCAUUUAAUUAGGAGCUUUUGACCCAGCCUCUUUUUCAGUUCUUAUAGCGCAAUAUAUGAAUAAAUUAACUUUAAGUAGUGUCAAAUCGAACUCUUCUGUUUUUUAAGUGUAUCCAGUUCUUGACAACAUCUUCCAAGUUGACAUUUUCAGAGAAAUCCUUCUCGCAUGAUAUCAGCAUCAGAGAUUCCAGGCGGUCCUGGAGCAUUGUGCUCCGCAGCUUAGUCUUCACCAACUUUAGUUUGCUAAAAGAUCUUUCAUUUGAAGCCACAGUAAUUGGUGCUGUUUGAAGGAAUGUAUAUGCUGUGUUGCUUGCCGGAUAAAUGUGCCUUCGACUAUAUACGAACUUUGCAAUUUCACGGACUGUCAUGCUCUUCACCAACUUUUUCUCUUGGAAGUCCUCUCUCAAAACAGUAAGCUCUGCAAUAAGACUGCCACUUGAAACUUUCCCCGACAACAAAUGCUCCAGAUCCUCUGCUUGUUCUUCCCUUAAGUUAUCCCAAGGAGGCAACAAAACAGUGAACGGCUUUAUUUUCUUCAAAAUGCUACCCCAGUUUUCUUUACAAUCUGUAAUUAUCUGAUCAAGUACAGAAUAAAUCUCUUUCGAAUAAAACGUCUGGAAGGAGAAUGCCUCCUCGUUGUCUCGGUUUUCAUCAAUUCUUCUUGGAAUCAAUCUUCUUCUGUGGCGGUGCUGAAACUCCUCUUCUGGAUUUAUUCCCAUUUGCAUUGCAAUUUGUGUGGCAGCUUCAAUCUGCUUUUGCACGUCAUCUUCAUUUCGAAUCUUUUCUAACGCCCUAGUUGUCGAUGACACUAGCUCAAGUGCGUCGAGUAAAUUCAAACCCUCUUCCUGAAGUUGCACAACCAGAACCUUACAGCGCCGCAUUAUGAAUCUCAUAGUAGCCAAGCUGAAAACACAAUCAAAUGUUUUCAUUUUCUUCAAAAUUGCUUUGGCUUGAUCCUGUGUGUUUUUGUCACAGUCAAGUUGUCUAUCCAUUAUCUGCUCGAGCAGCGAGACGAUUACUGUCAAAGAGAUCCAGACACUGUCAAUAGAUUCAGAUCUAGCAAUCCAACGAGUUUGCGAAAGAUUUCGCAUCUUCAAGGCCCCUUCUAUUUCAACUUGUGCUUUUUCAAGUGCUUCAGAUCGCUUGGUGCUACUAGAAAAGAAUGUGUACAAUGACUGUAAUAUGUCAAACAUCGAUGAUACAAGACUGCUUGCUUUGGAGCUUCGUUCUACAUAUGUACUCAGCCUGUGAGCCUGGCAUGGGAUGUAAAGGAUUUCCUUUUUGUGUGGAAAAUCUUCUUGAAUUUUAUCACUUAGCACUCGUUGGCAUCCUUUAUACUUUCCAGACAUACAUGACGCAAAAUCGUACGAUUGAAAGACGAGUUUUUGUGGGUCCACACUACACUCAUUGAGAGCUUUCAAAAUUUCUGCAGCAUGGCCUUCUCCGGACUUGUCUUUGAGAAUCCUCAGACACAGUAAACGCUCAACCGGCUUGGCAUUGAUGACGUAUCUUACAACAAUUGCCAUCUGAUCUUUAUUGCUUGUGUCCGGGGUAGUAUCAGCCAUUACUGAGAACGCUGAGACUUCCUCUAGCUCCUUCACCAUACGAUGCCUCACUGCGUCACCUAGCAACUUUAUCAACUCAUUUUGGGUGUCUUUGCUCAUAUAGGUAACAUGGUAUGGUCGCAUCCUUGUUUGGUUCUGCCAGUAUUUCAAAAUGCCGCAAUGUCGACUGAUUAACUUCACAAUCUCAUGAAAGUUGCUGGAUUCGUCAGUAUUUCCACGAAAUGCAAGGUCCUGCAUAGCCAUGGUGCGAGCAGCAUCACAUAAUAUUAACAUAAUUUUGGUGUUAAACAUUGCGUCGUCAGUUUCUUUAAUCAUUUCAUGACGACGAGACAAAUCCAAAAGUGCAUCAAUGUUCUGAUGUGGGUUAGUGAAUCUUGCAAAAUCUCGUAAUGCUUCUCUGUGACUUUGGCUGGUGAAAUGCUGUAUCAGCUUGCCCUUCUUUCCUUUUCCAACACUCUUCAUUUUGUGCCACUGUCUAACGCCAUUAAUAGUCCAUGAAGCAUCUGAAGAGGGUCUUCCAGCGCCGUUUGGAAAUAAGGAACAAACAUAGCAAAAUGCUGCGUCAUUUUGAACGCUAUAUUCAAGAUGUGGAAAAUCUUUGAACCAGGUGCUUGAAAACUUAUUUUGCUUACCAGAUUCAAUGAAUGCAUUACUUGGAUAAACUGUCAAGCGAGGCUGGUAGGGACCUAGGUUUAUCACAAAACGGCGUUGGCUAUCCGACAAAUCUUUUUUUCUUUUUCCAGGGUCGUGUUCUAUUAGUGCUGCUGCUUCUCCAGGUUGUACAGAUCCUUUUUGCCUGUCAAUUUUGACUUUAAGUCGUUCAGCAGAUUUUUCUAAAUCAUUACACUGGGUUUUAAUCUCGUUGGCAAACUCUUUUGCAGAUAUCGCAAACUCUUCGAUAUUUGGGGUACAUGGUUGUGUUAGAAUGUUUAACGUCAAAUUACCUCUUUGCUCCAAAGUGGAUAGCAGAUGCUUGAGCUUUCCCGCACAGCUAAUCCAAUAAUCAUCAUUUUCAUCAUCGGUGUCAUCGUUUUCGGAGUUUUCAGCCUCACUCUCGCUCUCCUCAUCAACCACAUUCUCACCGACAACAUUACUAAUUUUAGAUACUGAUUCUUCUUUUGCAGAAUUCGCUAACCCAAUCUCUUCGGUUUUGUCAUCCAAUAUCUUCUCAGAUGAAGAUGAAGAAGAUGAAUCUUUUUCUUCAAUUGGAUUAUCUUUCUUGCGUUUAGCUGCUUCGAAAGGGUUUUUAACUGCACCUGCGGUUUCAUAUGGCACAUUUUUGCCUUCAUGUUUCUCUCUAUUGUGUUGGAGGCGAUAGUCACUGUUGAACUGGGAAUUACACCCUUUUGCCUUGCAUCUUAUUUUUACUUGUCUUCUUUUCAUAGCAGUGAAACAUAGCCUGGUAAAAAUAAUUGUUCUCAGUUUUACUUCAGAUGAAGAGACCCACUUGAAAAAAUUCUCAAAAGCUCAAACUCAGGCCUUGUCAAAUCUUGGAAAAUCUUGCUUUUCAAACAGGCCUAGACUUUUUGUCACAGGCUUACGCGAGAAUUACAAAAUUCAAAACAAAUGAUUAUAUGGAUAUGUCUUCAGAAAAUAAAAUUCAAAAAACAGAAAGAUCAUUAUUUGAAGCAAGUUUUUGAGUUACCUGAAAAGCUGCCGUUUCCCUUUCAAGUAGCGUAAUACUUAUUACUGUUACUAUUUUUUUCAAUUCUACUUUUGUUCGUCAGCUCAGCUUCAUUCAGAUAAAGGAUUACCAGAGAAUGUUGCUUCGCGGGUUUCGCGCCUUCUUCACAGGUGGCGUCAGUCACUAUGUUUAGUUUUAUUGAAUAAAUCGAUCAGUGGAAUUCGAACAAUAGGGAACAAUAGAGUAAGCAGGAAACACAAAUGGUUUCUCAGGUUCUCACCGAAUGAGACCACACCAGCAAAUAUCACAUGGUCUUUGUAGGCACAGGGCAAUAAUGAAGAAAACUAGAUAUUCAAAAUGUUAUGCAUAUUUAAUUGCUUUUUGCGCAGUGAUGCACUACACAGCAUUUAAUAUAAAACUUCGUAACAUAAUUUUACCGACCAAAAAUCGAACUUUACCGAGUAAAUCGCCAAACUCAAUUCUUGGGGGGGUGUCACACCCCCCCCACACCCCCCCAUGGAACCGGCCCUGCUGGCAACCAAUUUUCAGAAUCUCUAGAUGUAGGCAACAAUUCCCUUUAUCAAAAGCCUGGUAUAAAUUUUGUGAAGUAAUGAUUAAUUAGUCCUAAAUAAUGUAAUAUUAGAUUUUUGAUGCAUAGUGAAUUGUGCAGGUGAGCUUGCAGAUAGCCAUAGUUUGAAGUAAGAGGUUGAGUGGUAAAUAUGUGAACUUUACUAGGUACCAAAGUCUAUGUCACAUCUCUCCCCAUCCUGCAGACGCAACUUACAUUCAUUUUAAAAAAGGAUGUAUUUCAUGUCAUUCUGAAUCAAAUUUUGCUUACAAAUUAAGAACUCACAAAAAAUUUAGUUCUUGGAUCCAUUCUAUUUGUCACCAAGCCAGCUGAGAGCUUUUCUGGAGCCUAGGGCAAAAAGAAAUGUGACAUCAUUAAAACCAUGAUUGUUAUAACUUUUUAGGGCCCCUUUCUGCUUAGGCCUGGGGCAAUCCCCCCUCUUGGCAGGACUGUUUAUUGAUGCUGCAAGAACAUCUGGAUAUGAAAUUCUAGUUUGAUUUUUCAUUUAAAACUUUAUUGCGAGUAGAUAUAGAAUGAUUGCAGUAGAAUAACAGUUGAUAGCUUUAUCAGAUGAUUUUAAGACAAAUGAAAUAUUAGUUUAAUUUAGAGUGCUAGAAAUUUUCGGAAUAUGAUUUAGACGCCAUAGUAAUAUCUGUUCUUUUUAUCAAUAUUAUCUAACCAGUUUUAAUAUGUAAUUUAGCUGGGAAGUCCUUAUUCAAAGAGAUACUUAUUUUGGAAUUUUUUAGAAAGUCACUGUGCCCGAUAUUCUAUUUGAAGUAGACCUAUCUCAUCGAGCAAUAUAUUAGUAGAUGAUGCGUUACCAAUGGAUUGAAAGGACCUAUAAUGAUGUUAUCGACCUCAGCAAUACCAACCAUUGCUUACACGCUAGCAAGUGCGUGGUUUAAUAAGGGGGCGGUGACGUGGUGGUAGUUUAGGCCUGCAGGUCUUGGAAUAAAAAGUCAGAUGAGAGGGCGUGGCCAGAUGCUAGAAGGUAGUGCACAAGCAUUAGUCACCGCCAAACAAAAUAAUGACAUUGUUUUGGUUGCAUGUGCUGUGGGAAGUACGCUUUGGGUCGGGAUGAAGUCGGGUGCGAUAAAAGUCUAUUGCUCUAUGACAUACAAGCCCUUGGCGCUAGCACGACCUUCUGGAAGUGGCAGUGUAAUCAGCAUGUUGCAUUCACCAGCUUGCCAUUGUGUUUUGGUAGGCCUUACAAAUGACUCAAUCAUGAGCUACAAUGAAAACAUUAGCUCUUAUAUGCACACAAUACCUCAAAAGGAAGUAUCAAAACAUUUUGGAAAUAUAUUGUACCUAGAGCCGAUUCGAGAACUAAUUGCGAAUCGAGUGCAUGCUGGGAUGUCUAUUUAUAACCCCAUUCACUGCCUGGCAGCAGUUCCCAGUCGAGCAAGAAGUUACCCAAUUGAAGAGCAGAUGACCUAUUAUGGGCAUGGGGGCGAGCCGCUAGCAUCUUCAUCACGUGACCACAAAUACGGCCUGGAUGAUUACAUGCAGGAGAUUAACCAGAGACAAAAUACAAUCACGUAUGAGCUGUGGUGCGGCGUUGACAAAGGGAUCAUCAAUGUAUUCGAUCUGAACAAACUGGAAAAGGUUCACAUCCUUGCCGCUACGGGCUGUGACAUUGACAACCCAACCAUUCACGGUCACAGCGUAAAAUGCAUUGAAACACGAAGAGUGUUUCAUGAUUCUUCAACUGAAAAUACACCCUCUCGAAAGGCUGAUGAGUCAGAAUCGACUUCGGUUUGGGUAACAGUAUUCCCUGGUACCCAUGUGUACAGGUGGAAUGUUGACAACAGGAGACUGGAAGCUGAAUUAAACACGCUGACAUGUGUAACUGAGCGAGCACUGAAUUCGACCAAAGCAACUUCAAGGCAAAAGGCAAUGAAAGCUCUGCAUGCCCAAGUCAACACUAUUGUUGUUGUUGAAAACGAGGUUUACAUUGGUACGAGUUUCGGCUGUCUUAUCAUCUGCGAAAGCAUGUCGCUUACUCCGUUGCAGUCAAUCCGGUGCUACGCUGAACGCCUCGACUACAUCAUUCCACUUCAGAUGAUGCUUAACAGUAGAGGUAACACUGGAAGACAUAAAGAGAGAAUGUUGUUGUGUAGUGGACGUGCAUGCUUGGAUAAAUGGAAUAAAGGCAAAAAUACGAGGCAGUCUAACAGCAGUAAUUGCACGAUAUUGUCCUGGUAUGUGGACCGCUGGACAGAUUAGAAGAGCUUGCUUGAAUCCUUAUCUGGAAGUUAUGACCAAGGCAUCCGAAUUUUCGAUACAAACACUUACGAAGCAAAUAGAAUAUAGACUACGGGAAUCAGACUUGAAGCUUUUAGUAGUAGAUUUGGCGAUUUUACUUGAUAGUUGUAAUCACUUAGAGAAUAAAGAACAAGUGAGGCAUUUAGCAUGCGUAACAUUUUUAUCCAUUAGAAGUCCUAUUAUUUCAAUUUCCUUAAACCAAAGUAAACUCUAUCAAGACUUGAGGCUCAAAAUUAAUGCUGCCAGCUUUGUUCGCGAAGACAACCCUCGCCUCUCAGAAAGUAAGCAGUUUCCAAAUUGACUUAAUGAGAACGUCAAGCCCUGGGGUUCUCUUUAACCCUUCAACAUGCCAAUACAUGAACAGGGACGCUGGAAAAGGGGGGCGCGGGGGGCAACCGCCCCUGUUGCCCUUUGAUAAUAGGGGCAAAAAGGGCCAUAGUGACCUUUUAUUAAUGUGCCCUUGAAGCCGGCCAAUUGUAAUAAUCAGAGAUAUUCAUGUGAAAUUCUGAUUAUUGUGCUUAAUUCAUGACGACAUUUCUCAAAACCGAAAAAUAAAUCCUUAUUCCAAAGUUAGCCAAUUUUCAAGAUAACUACAGAAAGUUAUUGCCCGCAACUCGCGCGCGAUAGCGCGCGAGUGAAGGGCUUAUAGUCUGCCCCGCGUAUAAGUAGCAUAUGGAAGCUUCAGUUCAUGUUGUCAGCACUUUUUCAGCAGAUUUUGUCACUUUUCUGCUGCCAUGACAACUGUCAAUCAAUUUCAUUGUCAAUCAAUCGGCUUUGUCGAGGAGGUCGUUAACCGCCACCUCUUUGUGCGGAAGGGAAUUAUCUUCGGAGCGUUGCUCUGCCAAGACUCUGUUAAAGGCCUUCGGUUUUUUUGGCACGAAAACGGUGCUGCAUCACAGCUCGGUUCUCCGCAAUGGAUGGAAGUUUUAUUCGAAGUUUUGGGAAUCAAAACCAGUCGAAUGCCACACUUUUCUCCCAAAAACUCGAGACCGUACGAGCAAAAGUUAUGAUUUUCGUGAUUAUCGAAAAAUAAAUGUCAAACCCUCGAAGAACUUCAUGAUUUUCAAAAGGGCGUUGGACUUAAAUCAAAGGCAAACUGAAAACCAAAAAUUCUUGAUAAAAAGAAUAGUUUAGCUUCAACUAGAGCAGCUGUUUUUAUAGAAUUGUGAAAACCCAAGAUGGUGUCUCCUUCGAAUAUCCUGACCUACAUUUUCAAAACAAUCAUUAUCAAGGAACUAAUUGUUUGCGGGCAGUACUAGCAAGAGCUAUUUCUAGUAAUAUAGUGGCAGUCAGUAGAAGGAAUUAGUAGAAGCUGGGGGUUAUCUUUAAAAUGCCCUUUUAUUCAAGCCUGUUCUCUUGCCCCUUGGUCGUUCCGGCGUCCCUAAUCAUGAGAUAUGUACCCCUGCAAAUCUGUAAUUAAGAGGAAGAAGUCAAGUUAUUUUAAAGUAUGUAUUUUGCUUUACUAUUGACAGCAAGAAUAUAUUUUUAUUCCUCGCACAUGCCAAAUUUAUCCGUAAAAAGGUAGAAAAUAGUUUAUAUUUGUAUCAGUCAAACAUCAUGUUAUUGGAUUUUUGUAAGAAUUCGAAAUUUUAGUUGAAGAAAGUGUUGGUUUUAAUAUUUUAUUAAUAUUUUAAGUUAAUUUAUGUCAACAGUUUUGUGGUGCCAAUUUAUCUUUUAUGAUGGUUUUCAAUUUAAACGCUGAUUCUUAAUUUUUGUCUAUAUCACAUGGCAUAGGAUAUGAAUUUAUUUGUGUAGUUAUUUUUUAAAAAGCAAAUCGUCAAAAUGUGA